AUGAGGGGGUUUACCCUUCUCAUUCUCAUUCUUGGUCUUAUCAAUAUCACUACCGGGAUGCCAACUUCUCGUUUGGAUAACAGAACGAACAAUCAGGAAUUCGAAAUUUUAAACGCUACUAUGAUCUCCUCAAGUGUUGUCAACUCCACUAUUUCUCAAAUCAAUCCCAUAGUUUCUUCUACUUCAUUGCUCACAACCACAGAAGAUUCCAGAAAAAAAUUUCUCUCUGAUCCGUUUUUCUGGCUUCCUGUUUCCAUCAUCAUUCUGUUCGUUUUGCUCUGGACUUACUUUCGAAAAGAGGAGGAGGAGGAGAUCAAUUGGGGACCAAACGUCGGAACAAACGUGUACAACGGUGGAGGAUACCCGCCUAACAACUAUGCCAACUCGGGCGCUUACGCAUAUGGUGAUCUUGAUUUCAGAGAUCGUAUGUUUACAAGCGUUAUGACUUCACAUCCUUAUGGUAGAGAACUCCAGUUGCCUGAAAAUUUAUAA